AUGGAAAUCGUCUACGUUUAUCAGAAAUUAAGAAAGGACUUUGGGCGGGCACCCAAGUUCACAGACUUGCCGGCCGAUACUCUGUCCGAGACUUUGCCCAACCCCGACAUGAUGAUGGAGUAUGUGGAGAGGAACCCUACGGACGUUGGCAUUCAAUGCAUCCCUGAGUUCUCCGAGCACGAGGUCAACACCGAGAGGUUUGAGCUGCACAGUCAGGGAGUUCUACACCUUGAAGGUGGUUGGCCAAAGGAUGUAGAUCCGAGUGAGGUUGACCAGACCCUCCGUUUCAUCAAGAAGACAGAGAAAGACGAGGACUACAUCAGGACUAUCAAGGGUCUCGGAGAGAGUCUGGAGCAUUUGAUCAGGCAAAACAACGCGAUCGACAUUUACGAGGAGUACUUUGUUGGCGAUGCUGUUGAUCACUCCGGCGAGCCUCCGUCAGCCAAGACUCUGACGGUUUUUCGUGAUCCCAACACGAUCAAGCGAACGGCAACUUGCAUCUCAUGGUAUCCCGACGGUGGCAGAAAAGUGGCGGUGUCAUAUGCAAUUCUUCAAUUUCAAAGGCAACCGGAAGGAAUGCCUUUGAACUCUUACGUCUGGGAUGUUCACAACCCCAACUACCCUGAGCUCGAGCUUCACCCUGCUUCUCCGCUUGUUUGCAUCGAGUAUAACCCCAAGGAAACUCAUCUUAUGAUCGGUGGCUGCUACAACGGCCUCCUGCAAUAUUGGGAUGACAGAAAAGGAUCCGCCGCUAUCGAAUCUUCUCCCAUCGAGAAGUCGCAUCGCGAUCCUGUUUACGAUGUCGCUUGGCUGCAGAGCAAGACGGGGACUGAAUGUGCGACGGUCUCAACCGAUGGACAGCUUUUCUUCUGGGACAUAAGAAAGUUAGGAGAACCAACGGAGGGUAUGCCUCUGCAGGUUGGAACGGACGGCCCAACACUCGGCGGCGUCACCUUGAGCUACGAUGUCCAGGCUGGCCCGACCAACUUCCUGGUAGGAACGGAGCAAGGGACAGUCUUGCUUUGCAAGCGCAAGUCCAAGAGCCCCAGUGAUCGCAUCGGAGCAGUCUACCCCGGUCACCACGGCCCCAUCUACGCCCUCCAGCGCCAUCCUGCCUUUCCAAAGAACUUCCUCACGGUCGGCGACUGGACCGCAAGGAUCUGGAACGAUGACCUCAAGACUCCCAUCAUGACUACUAAGUACCAUGCGUCGUACCUCACCGACGGUUGCUGGAGCCCAACUCGACCUGGUGUCUUCUUCACCACGAAGAUGGACGGAACUCUUGAUAUCUGGGACUACUUCUUCAAGCAGAACGAUCCGACCUUCACCCUCCAGGUCACGGACAUUCCCCUGCACACCCUCAGGGUAGAGGAGCGAGGACGCCUGAUAGCGACGGGAGCUGCGGAUGGGUCGACGACCCUCUUCGAGAUCUGCGCGGGACUGUCGGUGGCUCAAUCUAGCGAGAAGAUCUCUAUAUCUCAGAUGUUCGACCGCGAGGCCAAGCGCGAGAAGAACCUUGAGACGAGAGCGAAGGAGCUGCGGCUUGCGGCGAAGAAGGCGGAGCAGCAGCAGGCGAAAGACAAGAAGGCAGACGACGAAGAAAAGGAGGAGCAAAAGUUGAAGGAGGUUGAAAGGGAGUUCUUCGAGAUGAUCUCUGCCGGCGAUGAUGCGUCAGGCGUGGCCCCUGGAAGCAACGAGUCGGCGUGA